UGUUUUUGUGUCAGGGACGGCUGAAUUCGAAGAACGUGUAAUAUACUAAAGGCGUAAUUACACCAACGAUGACACUUCUAGAUUGGGUAGUUUAUGACAUACUCCCAUCUUCAACACGGCAUUACCCUGUGCUUUGCCUUGGCUGUCAACUAUUUGACUCUUUUAAUUGAGACGCGCUCGGUUGAGUCGCUUGCUCCACUCUUUACAUCUCUUCACGUUUUUCACGAUUGCCUGGCGACUGCCUUGUGUCCUUGCUCUUGUUGUACCUUUGUCUCUCAUUUCCGCCUCCAAUAACUUGGGAUUCUUUCGCCAUGCCUUUCAAUUAUCUCCACAAGAUGAUGGCUGUGCCUAGAGCAGCUUCAACCUGCGAGCCUGUUGACCCAUCCAAUAACCUUACAGACCGCCUAAACACACUUCUCAACUCUUCUGGCUCAGGAUAUGUGUUGAGCCUCUGCCCAAGCACCCAAUAUUUCUUACAGGCCCCCCUUCUUUUCUACUCACCCAAUCAAGAGAUUAGCACUCUCGGUUAUCCCACUGAUGACACCAGAGCUACCUUAGUAGUCAACGGCACUGUCACAAAUGGUACUGGCCAGUCAACGGCCGUCGAUGGCACUUGCGCUAAUUGUAACGGUGUGAUCUUACGAAACGUGCAGAUCAAUGGCAUGCGGGCUGGCGCGCUUCCCAUCGCCGGAGGCGCAAAUAUUGAAAUGGGCGGUCCAACCUCAGGCCAGCUUAUCGAAUACGUGCAUUCUUGGGACCCCAAGAGCUGGUCAUGUCUCCAUAUUGCUGAGGGAUCUUCGAAUUGCAACAAUGCUACCGUCCAGAACAAUGAUAUUGGUCCUUCAGGAUCCGAUCUUUUCCAGCAGUGGGCAGAUGGAAUUAGUGUGGCGUGCUCAAACAGCAUUGUUCGUAACAAUAUGAUCAAUAAUCCGACGGAUGGAGGCAUCGUACUCUUUGGCUCUCCCGGGACUCUAGUUGAAAACAAUACGAUCUGGGUCGAGAAUAAUACACUGCUCGGAGGAAUAAACAUGGUUGACGUGACGCCCUAUGGUGGUGAUUAUAAGGGGGUUGUGGUCAAAAACAAUACCAUCAUGGGUGGGUUCGCCACUAGCUCUGACACAGGGUCAGCCACAGAUGGUACAAAUAACCAAGAUGUCAUCAUCAAAAUCGGAAUUGCAAUUGGUCCCCGAACAUGGUUCGGGCCCGAAUAUCUCAACAACAUCAGCACUGGCGGGACAGUGAUUAACAACCAACUCACUGGCGCAUUCAGCUACGGUAUUGCCAUAUCGUCUGCAUCCAAUUUUACGAUAGAAAAUAAUGUCCUCAUUGGAAACACUUCUUUUAUUGGGGCACGGGGUCCCAACUGCACCACUGGUGACCCAACACCUUCUCCUGCACCCUUUGUUAUGGAUAUCAACAACACCGCGCAGAGCACGACCCAGACAGACUUCCAGACUAACACCGAUGGAGACUCCUUAACCUGUGUUCUCCCCCCUGAUGGUGGAGACUAUUGGCCAUUCGGUGGAAACCCAUCGACUUCAGGUUCACCCACUACCGGAUCCUCGCCGUCGACGAGCAGUCACACUUCAACCGGUACAAUAGUCGGUAUCGUGAUAGGCGUCAUCGCUGGCAUCCUCUUUGUGGCCUUAGCUGCAUGGUAUAUCCGCAAAUGGGCCCUCAAGCGUGCAGAGGAUCGCUCUCACUUCAAAGAUACGCGCCAAGUCCAAAAGGGAUAUAUUCGAAGCAAGGAACAAUUCUGAGCCUCCCGUACAUAUUUUCCUGCUUCUACCUACGCUCUCUUCACCUGUUCUCUUCAUUGUAACGUGGUACUUUUUCAUAAACAUUCUUCUGACGAUCGAUAGAUUGCCGGGCGUUUCUGUUCCUUAGUGGACCAAUCGGGACGUUCCAUCGUUUAUAGCGUAUAUCACACAUAUUGCCAGUGCCUUCGAGUUCUGACAGUACAUACCCCUACCCUUACAUGCUACCCCUUAGGCCUUAAAGCUUAGAGAGUUUUACUAAAAGACUUUGAUGAUGUUAUGCAACGCGAA